CCUGCAGGCACCAUGGUGCGCAUGAAUGUUCUAGCCGAUGCUCUCAAAAGCAUUAACAAUGCAGAGAAACGUGGGAAACGCCAAGUUCUCAUUAGGCCGUGCUCCAAAGUAAUCGUCCGGUUUUUAACUGUGAUGAUGAAGCAUGGUUACAUUGGUGAAUUUGAGAUAAUUGAUGAUCACAGAGCCGGGAAGAUUGUCGUCAAUCUCACAGGCAGGCUCAACAAGUGUGGUGUGAUCAGUCCCAGAUUUGAUGUUCAGCUGAAGGAUUUGGAAAAGUGGCAGAACAACCUACUGCCUUCACGUCAGUUUGGGUACAUUGUACUGACGACCUCAGCUGGCAUCAUGGACCAUGAGGAGGCUAGGCGAAAACACACAGGAGGCAAAAUCCUGGGAUUCUUUUUCUAAAACUUGUAAAAAAAGAGGAUACUAAUAAAUUGUUCAAAUGGA